CGACAAUUCAUCCCCUAAGAGUGUCAAGAUAUCGAUGAUUGUGAAUCGAGCACGGAUGUCUGCGAGUCCAGCCUAGAUCGUGUUUGCAGGAACACACCCGGUAACUUCUCGUGCGUGUGCAGUGAGAACACAACAGAAAUCAAUGGAACCUGCCAAAACGCGCUGUCGUUAUCACUCAACGUUCGUCUUACAUUCAUCACUGGAUUAAGCGUUGAAUAUUAUCCUUCUGUGGUCGAAUCGCAAGAGAACCAGCGUCAGUUGGCCCAAGAUGUAUUGCGUUACCUCAAUACAUCACCAGAAUGGGAGACGACAUACUUCAGGCUGUGUCUGUUAAAACUACACUUUGACCGGAAAUUAUGCUCUGGUAUCCUUCCGGGUCGACGUAAAACCUAAUGCAUCUUUGGAUGAUACCAGCCUAGAGCGGAUUUUCAUGGAAUUGCUUCCUGGGUCACGACUUAUUGCCCCAGAUCAUCAAGUCAUGCAGGAGGAUAUCAACGAAUGUGAUCUAUCUUCAGAUGUUUGCCGUAACGGAAACUGUACAAACACUGAUGGAAGCUACUACUGCACUUGUAAUGAGGUUUUCGAAGGAACAGGAAACGAUUCUUGCUCAGAUAUCAAUGAAUGUCUCGGAGCUCACAAUUGCAAUCAGACGUGCCUCAACUCAGCUGGAAACUUUUCGUGUUCUUGUCGUCCUGGGUUUGAGCUUCAUGAUGAUGGGUUCACAUGCAAUGAUAUCGACGAUUGUUCUACCACACCUUGUAUGAAUGGAGGGACUUGUGCUGAUGGAGUAAACACCUUUACUUGUUCCUGUGUUGAUGGCUAUAACGGGAGUAUGUGUGAAACAGAUAUCGACGAAUGUGCUUCCGAUCCGUGUACGAAUGAAGAAGAUUGUACUGAUGGAUUGAACAUGUAUACUUGUGCCUGUUCUCUUGGUUUUACUGGAACUCCGUGCGCAGUUCCAUCAAGUGCCACAACCAUGCAGCCUACAGCAACACCUAGUGCAACCUCACAACUUGUUCCAUCAAGUGCCACAACCAUGCAGCCUGAAACAACACCUAGUGCAACCUCACGACUUGUUCCAUCAAGUGCCACAACCAUGCAGCCUGAAACAACAUUUAGUGCAACCUCACAACUUGUUUCAUCAAGUGCCACAACCAUGCAGCCUCAAACAACACCUAGUGCAACCUCACAAUUUGAUGAGUGUGCGACAGAUACAAGUCUCUGUAAUAAUGGAAGAUGUGUCAACUUGGAUGGAUCAUACACUUGUGUCUGCAACGCUGGAUUCACAUUAGUCAAUGCAAAUUCUUGCAAUGCUCUCUCAAGCAGUCUGUUUACUAGUCGAGUGACUGUGCAGAUUACAGGACAAAGUCUGAAUGGUCAAACCCUGACGUAUACAUCAGAAUUAAGAGAUAGGACAUCGGCCAAAUUCAUGGAAUAUGAAGUUGCAUUCUGUUACAUUUUCAGCCAAUAUGUAAGGGAACAGUUAGGUUCUCAACUUGUCGGUGAUAAUUGCAUAGUGCUGUCAUUAAGCGAAGGUAGUGUAGUCGGUGACCUGCAAAUGGAACUUGCCGCUGACAGCCAAAGUGUAGCAGAUGGGCUUGCUGUGAGUGUUUCUGCUUUGUCUACCAACAUUGAUCAAAUGUUAUCAGCUAAUGGUCAAACUCUUCUGGUAUCGUCUAUAUUGUCAGAAGCUUCUCAAGGAUUGUCGAAUGGAGCCAUCAUUGGUAUUGCUCUCGGAGUUUUUGGUUUUGUUCUCGUCCUCAUAACCUGUGUCUGCUGUGUUUUCGUACAAGGUGUUAGACAAAAUCAAGCAACAAAACUGAUGCUCGCUGAACAACGGUAUGAAAAUCCAAGUAGACAAAAUAGAGGCUUCUACGGAAACGAAUCUUUCAAUGGUUCUGAUGAGUACAACUCCCUUGAAGGACGCCGGUAUGCUGUUGGUCAAGCAUUGGAUCGACUGCGCGGAACUGAUUCACAGCGUCAUGAAGAUCGCAAUUUCUGGACUCCCUAUGUGGUAGAUGGGAGUGAAACGUACAAUGAUGUGGAGCGAAAUCCCAUGCAUUAUUAAUCACCAAGAAUCUUACCUUCGGACAAAGAACGAAUAUGACAACGGAAAAGAAUUUAGUGAAUUAGUUACGUCUUAUGGAUAGAUGGGUUCUCUUCUGGAUAGGCUGAAUAUCAAAGUGUAUACAAUCAUAUUAUUAGAUUAAGUAAGGGCUUACUUGCAUUUGACAGAUUGACUGAUUUAAUUGAUGUAAUCAUUCCAAGUCUCUGUUACAAACAACCAUACUAUUUUAUCAAUUAACGGCUUACUUGCAUUUGACCGAUUGGCUGAUUGAAUUGAUGUAAUCAUGUUAAACUCACAUCAUUUUAAAAAGACUGCUUUUCAGCAAGUAUGUGUUACAAACAUAAAACUGAUGUUAUACAGACCAAAUUGGAUAUAAGUACAUGAAUAAUUUCAAUGUAAUUUACUGUAUCUGUGAAUAUAUAAGGGCUUCAUUGUUAAAGAUGAAGUUGAGUUCUGGUCAUGCGAUUGCAUUGUGAAAGAAACGGUGUGGAAUCGAUAAGAAAAGGUUGAUC